CUCUAUCAUGGUAUAAGAUGUUCUCUAUUUAGUGAUUGUUAGGAGUGAUUUUGUUGGUGGAAACGGGUGCAAAACAAAAAACAAACAUAAUUCAUUAAUUAUACCACACAUUAAAUAAAAAUUAUUCAAAUGAAUGUACUUAAAUAUUGAGUAUAUUGCUUAAUUAAUGUCUGAAAUGUUACUUCUCUGCGCAUUACUUCUUGCUCAACAAAAUGACGAGCAAAGUAGCAGUAGUGAUGAUGACACAGACUCCGAGGAAACUCAAAUAGCGAGUCGAAAACGACAGGAAUCUUCAACAAAUGAAACUGGUCAAAAUUCAGCUCAAAGGAGAUCAGAAAAAGUAACUUCAAAAACACCCACAAUAAUUAGAAACAAGGCCAAUGUCGUGCGGAAUACUAUCAAGCGACAUAAUAACUCGGACAGCUCGUCGGAAGAACAGAUAGUGAAAAGAAACAAAACUGAACCAACAUUUUCAAACACGGAUAACAAUUUGCACAAUAAAAAUUCAACCAAUGAUGUGAACACACGAGAAUCAACAGACGAUUGUUGCUCUGUUAUCAUAGCCCACAAAGGUUACCCAAAGACGAAACUUAGUGUCAGGGAAAUACGAAAAAUUAAAGAAAAUUUGUUGGCCGAAAUAGAUAAAACAGAAAACAUUGGAGCAAAUUUGGGAUUUUUAUCUUGCGUCCUAGAAGAUGGAUGGCUGUUACUUAACUGUCAAAACACAGGCAACUAAUAGCAUUGCAUUGCAAUCAAAAACAUUUAUCUGUUCGUUGAAUAUACCUUUGGAAGACGUUAUGCCGCCAGAUGCUUUAAAAUAUCGUUUGGCCAAGCAAAAUGUAGAUCUUUUAACGGAGGAAUGGUGCUUCCUGAACAUAGUGAAGAGUGAAGGAGGUGGUGAAUGUAUUAGCUACCGCAUAGAUGAGAAUUCAAAAGAUGUUAUAGAAGCGCGAGGAUGCAAACUUUUUUUAAAUUUCUCACAGAUAUCAGUACAAACAAUACCAAAUUAAAAGUUUCGGAAAUGUGAACUCAUAUUAACUUCUAAACUCCAGCUUAUGAAUAUAUAUUUUAUUUAAAGAAUUGUUUCAUGAAUAUAUAUAUGUGCAUAUAUUAUAUUUAAUUUUUAUAUUCAGUUAUAAGCAUUUUAAUAAAAUAUAUAAUCGCUCAUCAGUUUUCGUUGAAGCGGCUGAACGAUUUAAUUUUUAAGAAUUCACAAUAAACAUUUGACAGAUUUUCAGCUGUUGUAAACAAAUAAAUUCAAUUGCUUUUGUGGGGGUUUUUGUAUUGCAAUAAAACUGUGUGGCCUUUGUAUACAAUUGUUUGAAUUUUCUUUUUAUCAGACGUUGUAUUAGUCAUAUUCCUUCGGCGAAUAAUUGUGGAGAUUGCUAACUAUUAGUGUAAAAUAAAAUACGAUUGUAAAAAUUAAUCCAGUUCGUAGAGAGAAUCUGAAAUAACCAAAUUGAGAUUGAUUUGUGACUCGAAACGUAUUAAAAAAUAUACCGGCUUGAAAAGGGAUUGUACAACUCAAUUUACAAAGGGCAGAUGUUGCUAAAGUGGUAUCUACCUUAUUCCAAAUUUGGAUAGUACGGACUUCAAUUUGAUCACUUUUAUUCCUUGUAAUACUUAAAAAUGAGUGACACAGACGUAGUAGUAUCAUGGAAUUGGACCGAGUUUUGCUCCACUGGAAUAAAACCAUUCGCUCACAACUCCAACGACUUAUUACCCUGCUUUCAGGAGAUUAUACUACAAAUUCCAAUUUAUACAAUAUUUGCAACAAUAUCUGCCUACAAUUUUGGAUAUUAUACGCGUAGUGUGUUACGUGAUGAGCUGCAAUUACGCCUUCUUUAUUUGCGUAUAGGCGUGGCAAUUGUGUUGGCGCAACUUCCUGUUUGGAAGAUAUUUGUUUUUCAUCAUACAGGCGUUAAAUUAUAUGCAGUCGACGUGUUGGUGGUGGCGACAGAAUGUGUGAUGUGGGCUGUUCAUGUAGGUUAUUUAUUAUCGACACGUCGUUUUGGCAAACUCAGCCACCGAGGUUCACUUUGUAUUAAUGUUACAUGGUUAGCGGUUUUAGUUUUGGAUGUUGUGUGGCUACGUACCAGUGUCAGUUAUGAUUGGUGGCCAUGGAGCUUGACAACGGUGAUUUUCGAUAUUUUCUACGCCCUAACAUUAAUUCCCACGGGUAAUGCUGUUUUCAGCACUUCUUUCCGACAUACUUCGAACAGAGAAGAUGAAUCGUUACUUGGUAACCGUUAUACUUACUUUCAUUUUGAUUUAAAUGAAACGCAUCUAGGCCAUGCACAAGAUGACGCCAGUUAUACAUCACGCUUCAUUUUCAAUUGGGUGAAUCCGUUAAUAACAAAAGGUGUCGCCGGUGGUCUUAAAAAAAUUGAAGAUCUCUUUGAUCUACCCGAUUCAUUGAAUAUUUCAAGAAUAAGUGAACGUCUACAAAUUUGUAUUUCGCAAACGAAAACAUUAUUUUGGGCACUACACAAGGGAUUUGGACGCGAGUUUUACCUAAUAGGCGUCUUAAGAUUUAUUGCCGACAUUGCUGGAUUUGCGGGACCAUUAUUGUUGGGUGGUUUAUUGCAAAAUAGAAACGAAAAUGACAAUACAGAGCCGGAUUGGAGUCCUUACCUAUAUGCGUUGGGACUAUGUGCUACAACAUGGUUGUCGGCUAUAUGCGGCACACAUUUUAAUUGGCGUAUGUCUAUGAUCGGCAUGAAAAUGAGAAUCGGACUUGUUACAGCUAUAUAUCGCAAAUCGUUAGAGGCACGCGGUCUUAAGAGUUCUCGUCCAGAGAUAUUGAACCUUAUGUCUACAGAUACAGAGAGGAUCGUAAACUCGUGCAUAAGCUUCCACUCUUUUUGGAGCAUACCAUUUCAACUUUUUACUACACUCUAUUUGCUCUAUACGCAAUUGGGCGCCGCCUUUUUAGCUGGCUUAGUAUUUGGUAUUGUACUGAUACCAAUAAAUCGCUUACUGGCUCAACGUAUUGGCCAAUAUUCGCGUGGUCUUAUGAGCGCUAAAGAUCUACGUUUGGCGGCGACCAGCGAAACAAUGAGCGGUGCAAAGCAGAUCAAAAUGCAUGCUUGGGAAGAUAUAUUUAUUGAGAAAAUUCGCAACUGUCGCAAGGAUGAAGUAAAUUUCUUGAAAAAACGUAAAUACUUGGAUGCGCUUUGUGUUUACUUUUGGGCUACAACACCAGUGUUGAUGUCCUUUUUAACAUUCGGUGUGUCUGUGCUGAUGGGUAAUCCAUUGAUAGCGGCAUCCACCUACACAAGUGUAGCGCUAUUAAAUAUGUUAAUUGGUCCGUUGAAUGCAUUUCCUUGGGUGCUCAAUGGACUUAUUGAAGCCUGGGUGUCAGUGAAGCGUGUCCAAGAGCUUAUUGAUCUACCCAAUUUAGAUUUCUCAUCCUAUUAUAAUCCAAUUAUAAGAUCUACUGGCUAUGAAAACUCGACGAAGUUGGACGAUAGGCCGGUAGUUCUGGAAAUGAAAUCCGCAACGUUUGUACAUGACAAUGGCGCAAAACAAAACAAUAACGGCCAUCAGCCAGAAAGAUUCCACUUAGAUAAUGUCAAUUUAACAGUGAGAAAGGGCGAUUUAAUAUGUCUCGAAGGACCCGUCGGUGGCGGCAAAAGUGCUUUGAUCGAUGCUAUAGUGGCUGGUAUCAACUGCGCAGCGGGAAGUGUAUGUGUGCACGAACUGACUUCGGGUUUCGGUUAUGUGCCCCAAACGCCUUGGCUGCAGCGUGGCACCAUACGUGAUAAUAUCAUUUGGGGCAGUGUCUUUGAUGAGCAAUGGUACAAAGCUGUUGUUUAUGCCUGUGCGCUUAAUGAUGACUUAGAAUUAUUGGGCAGUGAUUUAACUGGUAUUGGCGAAAAUGGGCGUACGUUGUCAGGCGGGCAAAGAGCGCGUGUGGCUUUAGCGCGAGCAGUUUAUCAAGAUAAAAAAAUCUAUUUGUUGGAUGACAUACUCGCUUCAUUGGAUGCGCACGUUUCACGACACAUUAUCAAGCAUUGUAUAUUGGGACUGCUAAAGGAGAAGACUGUUAUUGUGGUUACGCGUAACGUAUCGCUAUUUUAUCACGCUCAUCAGAUAAUCCAUGUGGAGGAUGGCAAAGUAACACCUAGUCAAUACAUGUUUUCAAGUAUUGAUAUAAAUUUAGAAACGGAAGCAGGCGACACUGACGACAUAUACGAUUGCACACGCAGAUCUUCACUUGCGCUGGAAGAUCAAAAUGCUUCUGAUAAAAAGAGCGUUGAUAGCAUUAUGUUAGAGGAAUCACGCGAAUAUGGUAAAAUCUCUUUGAGUGUGCUUUCUUGUUAUUGGCGCGCCAUUGGCACACCGCUGGCCGUGACCACAUUAACUUUUGUAAUACUUAUGCAAUUGACGCGAAAUUUAUCUGAUGCAUGGUUGGCACAUUGGGUAACCGAUACCACAUUGGAUCCACAAAACAAUGACACAACUCUGGAGCAUAUUGUUCACGUACCGCAGCAGUUUAGCAAUCACACUGUGCCACCACACAACACGGGCUAUUAUCUUGGAAUUUUCGCUUCACUAGCAGUGCUGAAUUCGCUGGCGACAAUUGUACGCGCAUUCCUCUUCGCUUUUGCCGGCAUCAAAGCCGCCAUUUAUAUACAUGAACGAUUGCUGCAUAAAGUGUUAUAUACAAAAUUCAAUUUCUUCGACAUCACCUCGGUUGGUCGCAUUUUGAAUCGAUUUUCCUCGGAUACUUACACAGUCGACGAUUCAUUGCCAUUCAUACUAAAUAUACUCUUGGCACAGCUGCUGGGUCUGGCAGGUGCACUUUGCAUCAGUCUAUAUGCCAUGCCUUGGUUGGGUCUGAUUAUCAUACCGAUGGUACCGAUUUAUCUCAAUCUACAAUAUCGCUAUCGCCACGCUUCGCGUGACAUAAAACGACUCUCGAGCAAUGCACUAUCGCCACUCUAUACACAUUUCACAGAAACACUGCAAGGUCUGGUCACCAUACGUACCAUGCGUGCGAGUGCACGUUUCCAACGUGACUUCCACGCCAAGCUGGAGGAGAGCAUUAAGGCGCAGUUAACAUCGGCGGCAGCACAACAAUGGUUAAGUCUACGCCUACAACUGUUAGGCGUAUUGCUUGUAGCUGGCGCUGGCUUUUUAACUGCCAUAACAUCGGCACAUGUGACCAAUCCCGGACUAGUUGGUUUGGCCAUUUCGUAUGCACUUUCUAUUACUGGGCUGCUAAGUGGUUUACUUAAUGCUGUUGCGGAAACAGAACAGGAAUUUGUCGCAGUCGAACGUGUAAAUGAGUAUAUGCAAUUGGAGGGUGAAGAAAAUGCUGAAGGCACUUGUGAUCCGCCGUUCGGUUGGCCGAGUCAGGGUGCAUUGAAAUUCGAAAAUGUGGAACUGCGUUAUCGCGACAAUAUAGCGCCGUCGCUACACGACAUCAAUUUGCGUACAGAGGCGUUUGAGCGUGUUGGCGUUGUGGGUCGCACUGGCGCAGGUAAGUCGACGCUUGUGGCGGCUUUGAUGCGUGUGGCGCCACUAAGCCGCGGCGAGAUCUCGUUGGAUUGUGUUAAUUUGAAAACUUUAGCUGUGAAAGUGCUUCGCGAGCGUUUGGUUAUUAUAACGCAAGAUCCUUUCCUGUUCGAAGGCAACGUACGCGAAAACCUCGAUCCACGCCACACUUAUUACGAUUCGGAAAUAUGGCAUGCACUAGCUACCUGUCAUGCGGCCACACAACUAGUGCAAUCGCUUGGUGGCUUGGAUGGACGCAUCGAGAAGGGCGGCAUCAAUCUGUCAGCCGGUCAGCGGCAACUUAUGUGCCUAUCACGCGGUUUACUCAAAAAUGCAAAAGUGGUUUGCAUUGAUGAGGGCACCUCCAAUUUGGACGACGAAUCAGCUAUCGCUAUGCAACAAGCGCUGCGAAAUUCGUUUAAAAGUUCAACGGUGCUCUUUAUAGCGCAUAGAUUACGCGGUCUACAGCUGAUGGAUCGUAUUUUAGUUAUCGAGCAUGGUGAGAUCGUAGAGGAGGGCACACCACGUGAUUUGGCUCAAAACACAACAUCACUCUUCCAUAGCAUGCUGCAAGCGCAACGCAUCAAUGUUGAGGAGUUUUGUGCGAAUUAGCACCUCAAUACUAAUAGUCAUUCGUAGUAAGGUAAGGUCUACAAUAUAUGAUAAUUUUUAAUUCAUAAAUAUGUUAUAAAUAUAUAUAAAUACUUUGACCAUUAUAAAAAAUUAUUUUUUAUAAAUUUAACUGAACUGAAAUGCAGUUAUGUUUUUGUGAAAACAUUCAUAUUUAUGUAGAGAAAUUUACCUGUAUGUACAGAUUCUGCAGCAAUAAUAUAUAAAAUAUAUAUAUAUUUUACCUAAUACAGUAAUUGUUUUGAUAGCCAAAAAGAAAUAUAUUUAUUAUAAAAUAGUAAUUUACUAAAAAAUUAUAUGAAAAUUAUUUUAAAUAAUAAAUUGAAUUCGUUUCGUCGAAUAGUAUUACAGUUAUAUUCGCUGCAACUGUUAUUGUAAAAUCAAAAUGUAUACACAAACCUUGUUAUUUUGGUUUUGACGCCAUAAAAUCCUUCACAAUUAAGUGACAAUCUGUUUUCGGCUUUAACAAAUAAUUUUUUUUUUGUUUUUAUUUUUUUGUAAGUUUGUUUUUUUCCAAGUGUUAUGAAAGUGUUAUAUUUCUUGUUUCGCCAUCUUGUUGUGGCUUUGUUGUUAUUCUAUUAGCAGCCUUAAAGUAUAAGAUUCUAUUUUUCGGCAUGGAACAGUUCGCUUGAUGAUUUUUCUUUUUUAUACUUUUACAAUAACAAAAAAUCGGGGAAAAAGUUCAUAAUUCCAACUCAGUUCUAGCUUAUAUGUAUUUGUGUUCAUUACAUUGACACUUCCGGUGGCAUCAAAAAAACAUUAUCAUUGAAAUGUUUAUUUUAAUACCCUGAACAGCGUAUAUUAAGUUGGUCACAAAAUUUGUAACACCGAGCAGGAAACGUUAAAGACCCUUUAAAAUAUAUAAAUAUGUAUAUAAAUGAACAGCGUAACGAGCUGAGUCGAUUUUGCCUUGUCCGUCUGUCUGUCUGUCUGUCUGUAUAUAUAUGUGUUAAUUCCUCAGUUAUUGAGUUAUCGAACUGCAAUUUCGCACAAGUCCUUUUCUGCCCAAGAACCUGCUCUUCUGUCGGUAUCGCCGAUAACUGACCAUUAUAGCAUAAAGCUGUCAUACCAACUGACCGAUCAAAAUUAAGUUCUUAUAAGGAAAACUUUUUUAUUUCACAAGAUAUCUUUACGAAAUUUGUUGUUGCUGUUGUUGUAGCGGUAGAAUUCUGCCGAGUUGACAGUCCUUGGCUUAAAUAAAUCCGGGUCCGUUUCAGUUACGUAGACCCGACUGUCGUAGGAACGGAAAUUUGUCAAGUAUUAUAGUCAAAAUCAACGCUAUAAAAUCCGUACAAAUUUUUCAGUUCAAACCACUAUAGCAUAUAACUGCUAUACAAGCUGAACGUUGAAAAUCAAGUGCUUCUAUAGAAACUUUUUUUUGUGAUGGGUAUUCCAGCUACGCUGCAAUCAAAGUAAACGUUUCUUCUUGUUUUAUUUAUCUCUCACUCUUGCAUAGAAUGCUGGCUGCUAUUGUUCUUAAAAUACUAAAUUAUACGCCAAAAAGUAAUUGUAAAUUUUAUUUUAUUAUGUAUUUAAAAUACUUCACAAAUUAGUUUUAUCACAAAUGUUACAACAAGUCUCAAUGAGAAAUGUGGUAAUACAAAUAGUUUUACUGGUAAUAUAUAAAAUGUAGGAUUGAUUUUAUAACACUUCAACACGGCGUCAGAAACAUAAGAAUCAUUUAAUUAUACAUAUAAAUGCUAAGUUAUCUAGGUAACUAAAUCUAUAUAAUAUUAUUAGUUCGAAAUUCUGCACAAUUCAUUUUCACUUCGAUUUUAUAAUUUGAAAUUUAGUUUUUUAAAACUAUUAAAUACUUCAAAUAAUUUCUUAUACUUUCUAUGCGCUAUAAAUCCGGUGUGGUGCCUUCGUAAAAUAGUCAAUACUUAAAUAUUUCAAGGUAACAGUGAAAGCAUCGUAAUUUUCGUGCAUAUUUUAACAUAACAACUAAGAUUUUGAACAAUGAAUUGAUAAUUCAAAUUUGGCAUACUUUCUUUUUUAAAUUUUAAAAUAAUCAACUUAAGUUUAAAAAUAAGCAGCAUUCUUAGAAACAUCUGUUACGGAAACUUUUGCUUUGCCUUUGCAAACUUUUCAAUUCAAUUUUUGCAAUUUAAAUACUUAAAAUAUACAUACAUGUAUGUUGGCAUACAUAUAAUAAAAUCUGCAUUACUAUACUUUAUAAUUUUACACACAAAAGUAAUCUUAAUUUAAAGUUAAAAUUAUGUGAAAAGGCAAUAUAAAUACACAUGCGCAUGCACAUACAUGGUAAACACAUGCAAAAGCGUAUUGAAAUGCGUCAAAACAAAAAAAAAAAGCGAAAAAUUACAAAUAAACUGUAGCUUCGUGUACGUGCCAGCUGUAGCAUCAACAGCUAUUCUAAAACUACUUAGGAAUUUUGUAAAACUUAUCAAGUUGGAAAAUAUAUAUGCAUAUACUUGUA